CUGUGAGAAGGAGUGAGACUGACUGAGAGAGACUGACAGAUGAUGGAGCCCGAGGAGUACAGAGAGAGAGGAAAGCAGAUGGUGGAUUACAUCUGCCAGUACCUGAGCACCGUGCGGGAGCGGCCGGUGACCCCGGAUGUGCGGCCCGGCUACCUGCGAGCCCAGCUGCCCGAGAGCGCGCCCGAGGAACCCGACAGCUGGGACAGCAUCUUUGGGGACAUCGAGCGAAUCAUCAUGCCUGGGGUGGUACAUUGGCAGAGCCCCCAUAUGCACGCCUACUACCCAGCUCUCACCUCUUGGCCGUCACUGCUGGGCGACAUGCUAGCUGAUGCCAUCAACUGCUUGGGAUUCACCUGGGCUUCCAGCCCUGCGUGCACGGAGCUGGAGAUGAACGUCAUGGACUGGCUGGCGAAAAUGCUGGGACUCCCAGAGCACUUCCUGCACCACCACCCUGGCAGCCACGGGGGAGGCGUCUUGCAGAGCACAGUCAGUGAGUCCACCUUGAUCGCCUUACUGGCGGCAAGAAAGAACAAAAUCCUGGAAAUGAAAGCGUCUGAGCCCGGGGCAGACGAGUCCACCCUGAACGCGCGGCUCAUUGCCUACGCCUCUGACCAGGCUCACUCCUCAGUGGAAAAGGCUGGUUUGAUUUCUCUUGUGAAGAUGAAGUUUCUGCCCGUGGACAGCAACUUCUCACUCCGAGGGGAAGCUCUUCAGAAAGCCAUCGAGGAGGACAAGGAGCAGGGCCUGGUGCCCGUUUUUGUCUGUGCAACCCUGGGGACCACUGGGGUCUGUGCCUUUGACUGCCUGUCAGAGCUGGGCCCCAUAUGUGCCAGGGAAGGGCUGUGGCUCCACAUCGAUGCUGCCUAUGCGGGCACUGCCUUCCUGUGCCCCGAGUUCCGGGGGUUCCUGAAGGGCAUUGAGUAUGCCGACUCCUUCACCUUUAAUCCUUCCAAGUGGAUGAUGGUGCACUUUGACUGUACCGGGUUCUGGGUCAAGAACAAGUACAAGCUGCAGCAGACCUUCAGCGUGAACCCCGUCUACCUCAGGCAUGCCAACUCGGGCGCGGCCACCGACUUCAUGCACUGGCAGAUCCCCCUGAGCCGGCGGUUUCGCUCUAUUAAGCUCUGGUUUGUGAUUCGGUCCUUCGGGGUGAAGAAUCUACAAGCGCACGUCAGACACGGGACUGAAAUGGCUAAGUAUUUUGAAUCUCUGGUCAGAAAUGACCCCUUCUUUGAAAUUCCUGCCAAGAGGCACCUUGGCCUGGUGGUUUUCCGUCUCAAGGGUCCUAAUUGUCUCACGGAGAGUGUGCUGAAGGAAAUAGCUAAAGCUGGCCGAAUCUUCCUCAUCCCGGCCACUGUGCAGGACAAGUUGAUCAUCCGCUUCACCGUGACCUCCCAGUUCACCACCAGGGAUGAUAUCCUGAGAGACUGGAGUCUCAUUCGCGACGCCGCCACUCUCAUCCUGAGUCAGCACUGUACCUCCCAGCCGAGCCCUCAGGCCAGGGGCCUCAUCCCCCAAACCAGGGGCCCCCGAGCCCUGAGCAGCGGAGUGGCCCUUCAGUCCCUCGGCGGGGCUGAGGGUGACCUAGCCGAGGCCCGAAGGAUCGUCAAGCAGCCUCAGCGUGCGGGGGCCGGUCUCGUGGGGAGGGAAGACGGCCGCCCCCUAGAAGCCCUGCUGGACCCACCUGGGGACUGCUUUUCCGAAGAGGCCCCAGCCGUGGCCAAGCGCAAGCCGUCCUCCUUCCUGACCAAUUACUUGUCCGUGCGGAGCAAGAAGAAGGCCGUGCGCUCGCUCAGUUGCAACAGCGUGCCCGUGAGUGCCCAGAAGCCACUGUCCUCAGAGGGGCCCGUGAAGAACGGGGGCUCCUCCGCGGCCAACAUCUUCUCUAGGUUUCCUGAAGAGAUGAUGCUGCUGAAGAAAAGUGCCUUCAAAAAACUCAUCAAGUUCUACAGCGUCCCCAGCUUCCCUGAAUGCAGCUUGCAGUGUGGGCUGCAGCUGCCCUGCUGUCCCCUGCAGGCGAUGGUCUAGACCAGGGGUUCCAGCGGAGUCAACCAGGUGUUUCAGGGAGGCUCCGAGCCCCUGGGAAUUGUACGCUGAAUUUGUGUGCUUAUGUGAAUGUGCAUUUUUAUUGGGGGGGAAGCUUAUAAUUUUUUUCAGAUUCUCAUAGAGGUUUUACGGCUCAUAAAAGGGUACAAAGGGAGAGUUUAAGCCAGCAUGGCCCAGAAGGUUCUAGCAGUUUGGGCAGAGGAAAAGGGCCCAGGGUGGUGUACGGACAGGCAGCUUCUGUGGUUUGGCUUGUGGUAUGAAAUGUAACGUAGAAAUAAA